AUGGGAGUCUGGAACAAUGCGCCGCCUGAGGCACGCACCCGUCGUGGAAACUGGCCGACACUGCUCUUCAGCUGGUGGUGUACUAUCUUUGCUGCUGUCAUUAUCCUCACGCGCCUGGCUGGCAGAAAGAUUCGAAGUGGCCGACUCUUCCAGGAGGACAAGGUCAUGGCCCUGAGUCUCAUCCCGCUGUUCGCGCGCAUGGGGCUGGUCCAUGUCAUCCUNUUGUACGGAACCAACAAUGUUCAGUCUGCAAACCUCACUCCUUACGAGAUCUACCUUCGCCAGAUAGGCUCAAAACUGGUCCUCGCAUCACGCAUUAAUUACGCUCUCUUCAUCUGGAUCAGCAAGUUCACUGUCUCUGAAUUUCUCAAGCGCAUCACCAGUGCCAUCUGGCGACGGAGCUAUGAGAUUAUCCUUCAUUGUAUCCGCGUCUUUCUUAUUGCAACCUUCAUCGCCGUAGUCAUAGCCACUCUUUCCGAAUGCCAACCCUUCGACCAUGUAAGCACAUCAUCCAUAUACACACCUUGCUGCGUGUGCUCUAACACCACAUCANNGUACUGGCAAGUCGUGCCAGAUCCCGGCCCUCAAUGCAGACAGGGCUACGCUCAGCUCAUCACUAUGGGUACCGCCGACAUUAUUACCGAUAUCCUCCUCGUCGCCUUCCCAAUCCCAAUCGUCGCACGCUCGCAGAUUCGCCUGAAACGCAAGCUCUCCCUCGUCUGUCUCUUCAGCUUCUCCGUCGCCCUUAUCGUCAUUACAGGAUUGCGCAUCCCUUAUGUCAUCCAACAUCACGGACGUCAACAAUAUCGCACCGUCUGGGCAUCCAUUGAGAUCCUUGCUUCUGCUGCCGUCUCCAACGCCAUCAUUCUAGGCACUUUCGUCAAAGACCGAGGUGUCAAAAGNAACAAAUACAGACCCGAUGCCACUCUGGACACGAUAUCUCGUGCUGAGACACGUCGCGCCACUGUCGCAUCCUUCCAUCGCGACAGUGAGGAGGCUUUGUUCAGACAAAUGGGUGUUCGCAUGCCCGACGAGCUUUGUUACCCAACAUCUCCUCUGCCGAGACCUGCGCCAGUUGCCCGCAUCUCCAACUCGAAAAUGCCUCAUCAGCACGAGCUUCUCAUGUCGCCUGCCGACACCAGUGAUGGACCACCCAGCCCACAUGACAGUGCUGAUGCUCUACGCAAACCUUCGGAUACCGCACCCUCAUCAUCUACAGGCCAAAGCGUCUCGUUCUUCGAUGUGGGUGGUCUGCUUGGUGGCAGCGAACCUCGACAAGGUUCCGGCACUACCGCUCAGGAUUUUGCCGUCCAAGGCCCCCGAACACCUGGUGCAUCCAGACCAACCCAAGACAUACUUUCAGAUCUCGGCGGGAGAUUAUCUUUGACAAGGAGCCGAUCUCAUCGUACGAAUACACAUAGGGACCGAUCACGAUCACGUCCAGCACGUAGCAGAGAUGGUCCUGCUUCGCGGCCACCGUCGCAAUUAGACCGUCGACGAGAGAAUAGUGACACGCUAAGUCUGCAAGAUAUUGGUGGUCUGCUUGGAGGCAGUCUACCCAGCCAAAGCAGACCUGCGCCGCUCGAACCUAUUUCGCCUACCACCCGAGCACCUCCAUCAAGCAUACCGCCAGAUUCUCAAGCACCCCGAAUGGUGACUUUCCCAGUUACUCGACAAAGGCCUCUGAGCGAUGACCUCUGCCUCCAAGACGUAGGCGGUCUGUUGAAAUAG